AUGAAUGGCAUUAACGGACUGUCGGGAUGGCAAUGGCUUGUCAUACUGGAAGGCAUACCCGCAUGCGCAGCGGGUCUUGUCGUCCUGCUUAUACUGCCUGAUUAUCCAGAAUCGGCUCGGUGGCUUAUUGACGAGGAAAAGGAGUUGGCAAGAGAAAGAGUGAGGUUCUGUGGCUCGAGCGCGGACGACAUGGCUAUAACAUGGGUAGAUGCGAAGGAGACUUUGACGGAGUGGCGGCUAUAUUUUCACUACUUGCUCCAUUUUCUCAUCUCGACACCAUUUUCCAGCCUUUCACUCUUCGCACCAACAAGGGUCGCUGGUCUCGGCUACACGUCACUGUCUGCAGAAUUAAUGACAAUUCCGCCUUACGCUGUUGCGUACGUUGUGUCGCUCGUUGUGUCCUGGUCUGCAGACCGGUUCAAUUCUCGUUCCCUCCACGCAGCAGUAUGUGCUCUCUUCUGUGCGGCAGGAUUUAUUGCCUCUGCAACUCUCUCGCCUGACGCUUACGUGGCCCGCUACAUCUGCCUCGUCAUCUCCACUACAUUCGUCUUUUCACCCGUUCCCUCUCUGCUCUCCUUCCUUGCAUCAAACACCCAUACGACCGCUUCGACGGACCUUGCUGUCGCCCUCAACGUCUCUAUCGGUGGUGGAGCUGGCCUGAUCUUGGGUACAUGGAUCUUCCCGGCUGGAGAGGCCAAGAACGGGUAUAAGAGUGGUAACUGGAUCAAUGCUGGGUUCAUGUUGGCAAUCUCGGUAGUUUGUGUGGCGUUAAGAAUAUAUUAUGGGAGGGCUAAUCGGCUGAAGGAGCACAAGAGAAAGUUUGUACUUUAA